AUUUUUGUGGACCUAGCAAAGCUUAACAAAACAAUCGUGAUAAUCACGUGAUAUCCGGCUUUGUUUUCCAAUCCCAGAACAAUGGAUACUAAUUUGAGAACCUCUUCUUCUUUACUACAACUGCGAUCUUCUUUUUGUUUUCCUAAUUCAUCCUCUCCUUCAAAGCUGCUGUUAUCGAAACCAAAGCGGGUGAACUUUGUUCAACAUCGAUUGGUGAUUAAAAAUUCAUCUGGGUUUGGUGAAAAUGACUCUUGUAAUGGAUCCCCCGUUAAACCCAGCAAGCUUUUCAUGCAAGAGGCGAUUGGAGCCGAGUAUGGCGAAGGUUUUGAGACUUUCAGGCUGGACGGGCCUUUAAUGGUUGAUGUGGAUUACUUGAAUGAUAGACUACAAGAAGGUUUUCUUAAGCGAAUUCGCUAUGCCAUGAAACCAGAUGAAGCGUAUGGUCUCAUUUUCUCCUGGGAUAAUGUGGUGGCAAAUACUCGAGCACUCAAGUUAAAUGCUUGGGAACAACUUGCCUUGGAAGAAGGAAAGGAGAUUCCUCCUGAGGCUAAUGCUCAAAAGUUGAUGCUUUAUGCAAGUGCUGACCAUGUAUUGCACAAGAUUUUGCGCUGGGAAACCAUAGAGAGUGAAGUGGAUAGAUUGAAAUCGAGGCUCUCACAGAUUUAUUAUGAUAAUCUUCUAAAGCUAAGAAAACCAAUGGAAGGUCUAGAAGAAUGGCUUGAUGCUGUAUCUACUGCUAAUAUCCCUUGUGCUGUGGUUUCAAGUCUUGAUCGAAGGAACAUGAUUGAUUCUUUAGAACGAAUUGGCCUCAAGAAGUAUUUCCAGGCAAUAAUUUCUGAGGAAGAUGGAAUGGAGUCGAUAUCUCAUAGAUUUCUGUCGGCAGCUAUGAAGCUGGAUCGUAAACCAUCAAAGUGUGUAGUAUUUGAGGAUGAUCCCCGUGGCAUUACUGCAGCUCAUAACUGUACUAUGAUGGCUGUGGCAAUGAUUGGCUCUCACCCUGCGUAUGAUCUGGUGCAGGCUGAUCUUGCAGUUGGUAGCUUUAACGAGCUUUCAGUGAUUAAUCUUCGAAGAUUAUUUGCUAACAAGGGUUCUACUUUCAUGGACCGGCAAAAGCAGAUCAUAGAGAAAACUCCUCCGAGAAGGAAGCUUACGGUUGAUACCAUCUGAAGCAUUUUCUCUUACCUUUCAUUCCAAAUUCGUCCCUGUAAUUAAGUGACCGUGCAGGUAGGAGAGAGUUCUAGCAUCAGUGUUGCUCCAACUCUAGAUUGGUUAAGGGUAUGAUCCUCCAGUAUAUUGUGUUGGACGCCGAGUAACAUAGGUCUAUAUUUUAUUUAAGCUUUGCUUAUGUUAGUAAAAUGUUCCCCCAUGUUAGGUAUCAUUCAUCUGAUUGUACAGUGGUUUCAGUUGUUGAACUUAUCAAUAAAUAAUAACUGUUAGACCAGACAUAUCUGUGGAUAUUGGACAAUUCGGAUGGCCAUUGUAAUCUUGUUCAGGAUCAGUGAAAAAUACAGCCCUUUUUCCUGAUUA